UAUAUAUAUAUUUUAGCCAUCUCUCCCCGCACUUUCUCUCGUUUCUCGAUUCGUCGCCACAAUUCCUGAUCAGUUUCGCCUAGGAAAAAAAAAAUCCCGAUUGGAAAAAUGUCGUGUACGCAUGAUCACAACUGCGAGGAUCAUGAGUGUUCCUCCGAUUGGUCACUCUACAAGCACAUUGAUCUCUCCAAGGUUUCUGCUCUGAACGAGGCUGUUUCCGGAAGUGUAAAAUCAGUCUUCAAAACGUGGGAACAGCGAUUAGAAUCUUCUGGGGAGCAUUUGGAGAGCAAUGAGGGAGACCCUGAACUACUUGUCUUUGUACCAUUCACAUCAGACGUCAAGAUCAAGAGCAUAUCAAUUGUUGGUGGCCCUGAGGGAACAAGUCCUUCUAAGUUGAGAGUGUUCAUCAAUCGUGAAGGGAUUGACUUCUCUGACGCUGAGAGCAUGCAAGCCGUUCAGGAAUGGGAAUUAGCUGAAAAUUUGCAAGGAGUCUUAGAAUACCAGACCAGGUAUUCAAAAUUCCAGAGCGUUGGGAACAUAACAUUGCAUUUCCCUGAGAGCUUUGGAGGUGACACAACCCAAAUACGUUAUAUCGGGUUCAAAGGUGAAGCAACACAGUUGAAAAGAGAUGUUGUUGCGACUAUCGUAUAUGAGAUUAGACCAAAUCCUUCUGAUCACAAGACAAAGGCCGAGACUGGUGGAGGAUUUUCACAAGUUGAGUGAAGAAAUUAUCUCCUCUCCAAACUUCAUUCCUCCUUACCAAGCUUUGGCCUAUAUAAACAAACAUAUAUGUAUCGAAUAAAAUGUCCAGUGACUGUCCACUAUGGAAACAUUAUGCUUAAUCCAGAUGAGAUCUUUCAAAGCUU